AUGUCGCUGAUCCGUCGCAGCAACGUGUUCGACCCCUUCUCCCUCGACUUCUUCGACCCCUUCGACGGCUUCCCUUUCGGCUCCGGCAGCAACAGCAGCGGCAGCCUCGUCCCGCGCACCUCCUCGGACACGGCGGCCUUCGCGGGCGCGCGCAUCGACUGGAAGGAGACGCCCGAGGCGCACGUGUUCAAGGCGGACGUGCCGGGACUGAAGAAGGAGGAGGUGAAGGUGGAGGUGGAGGACGGCAACAUCCUCCAGAUCAGCGGCGAGCGGAACAAGGAGCAGGAGGAGAAGACCGACACCUGGCAUCGCGUGGAGCGCAGCAGCGGCAAGUUCCUGCGCAGGUUCCGGCUCCCGGAGAACGCCAAGGCGGAGCAGGUGAAGGCGUCCAUGGAGAACGGCGUGCUCACCGUCACCGUGCCCAAGGAGGAGGCCAAGAAGCCCGAGGCCCUCGGCGACGGUUCCAUUGCCCCCGCUGGCCUGGUUGGGCUAGCGAGACUUCUCGUCGUGCCCCCACCGUUCCAGACCGCCGCCGGCCUCCCCUGUCUGGCCACAUCAUACAUCUCCCGCCUCGUCGCCGUCAGCUGCAUAUGCGGGGAACCGCGAGACGAGGUCGCCGAGGAGAUCUCGGCUCCGUUCUCCUCAUUCGCGAUGCAACCGGGCGGUGGGCGUUGGCAUGUCCACCGCGCCCGCAAGGUGUUCGGCGCAUUGCGCGACCGCGCCCUCGACGAGAGCCCACUGGCGUCAGCGCACUCAUGA